AUAAUUUUGUGUUUUAUUUAAGAUUUCAAAUAAUUUAAAAAAAAGUGGGGUUAUGUUUAUGUUGUGAAGUGUCAAAGUUGUCAAACUUUGCACCCCAAAACAACAUAAAUAUUGUAAGUGCAAAAAAGAGUGAUUUGUGUAAAAAUAGACGCAAUGAUCAGUUUGAAAUGUAGGUGAUCCUCAGGCCACACAAAUGCGUUCUUCGGUAAGUUACAUCCUUUCGAGUAGUACCAGCGAGCCAAACAUGUCUCACCCCGACUACGAACAAUAUUCACAUGAUCACGCCGCUCUUCUGGUGCUCGUAAGACACAUAGGAUCACAACUGAAACCCAAAACAUUCCAAAAAUUCUACGACCGUAUUUCUAAACUCACUUCAGUCCGUAUUACCGAUUCUACUGGAAACGUACGCAAUAUUUUAGUACGUUAUGUGAAGGAACAUCCUGUUGAAAAUAACGAUUGGGGCGACUUUCAAACCCACCGAAGACUUCUAGGGCUCAUUUCUUUAGGAAAAUAUGAUUCCCAGCAAGAACUCAACGAAAUAUGUCGAGUCCACGAAAGUCUCAAAGUUAAAUACACAAGCACGUUAUUUGAUUCGAGAUGUAUUUUAUUCGGCCCUACAAAAGAAGGGAGCAGCUCACCUGAAGACACCUCGAGCCCCAACACCGACAGCAGUAGCAGCGCCCCCGAGGAAAACAUCGAGAAAUUCACAACGCCCAGUAAUUUCAAAACACGGGGGCUCUUUUACGAUGAAUCCGCCCCUUGUGCCGACCUAGAGACCCAAAUAAUUGAAUUCAUCAAUUCUCUAUUUUGGGUGUUAGAAUCGAAGAGACUCGAACGUUCGCGCGAAAAACUCGAACGGGUGUCACUCCUACUCGCCCCUUUCGAGAAAAAGGACUUCGUAGGACUCGACAUGGAAUCGCGAAACAAUAAGAAAAAGUGCACAGGGCGAAUGACCAAGCAUUUAGGCGAUUUGUGUCUGCAAGCCGGGUUAUUGGCCGAAAGUUUGGUAUAUUAUGGAAAUGCCGCCGAGACUUUGAAAAGUGUGAACGAUUGGUUAUGGCUGGGGGCCGCAUAUGAGGGCUUGUGUGCGGCUUCUGCUUUAGUUUUGUACCCCGAGAUGCAGAGGAGUGUUCAGUUGCAACGAAAUGCGAGUUUGCAAGAGGGUUCCUCGCCGAAAAAAACGGUGGUGGCUAGUAACAUUGAUAUAGGGACGAAGAAGGCCUCCGUGCCGAAUACGCUAGCCCCAGAGGAUAUCUCGAAGAGGUAUAGAGAGGCUAUCAUCCAUUAUAGCAAAUACCAAAAUGCGGGAAUAAUCGAAACCGAGGCGAGUUUCAAAGCAGCACGCAUCGCCGUCGAGCAAAACCACUCACUCCAAGCCGCCUCCUUCCUCCAAAACGUCGUUUACAUCAAUUUGACCCUCUCUGAACAAGAAAAGAUCCAACGUUUUGAAACCUUGGCUGAACUCUACACCCAAAUCGGUUUCACACGGAAAGCCGCCUUCUGUCAACGACUUGCCGCCACUAGAUACGUCUCACCUCAAAAUCCAGCCCCUAAUUGGAAUCGUUGCUAUAACCUCAUGCUCCAUAGUCUUCCCGGACAUCGGCUCUCCUUAGAUCCUGCGGAAAUGAGAGAAGUCGCCCAAGGAUGGCCGAUCCUCCAAAUUCAACUUUUACAAGAAUUGGUGGUGGCGGCGAAGAGAAUGGGGCAUUCGGCGUUGGCGACUCGACACAUGACGUUUUUGUUGCAGACCAUGUGGCAGCAUUUGACGCCAACUGAGCAAAAAGAACUGGCGAUACAAUUACAAGCCUUGUCAGCUCAGUGUGAAGGGUCACCGGUGCCCUUAGUGCUAGAUAAUGGAGUUGUUAUACCACCAGCCAACUUGACGAACAUUCCAGUUUGUCAUUCUUUUGUGUUGAGAAACUUACAGCCCCAUUUACAGCCUAGGAAAAUACAGGCUGUAAAACAGGACACAGGGCCGUUCUUGUUUACUCCCAUACAUUUUGGAAGUUUGGAUCGGAGGAGUACGACGAGUCAGACUAAAAUGGCAUUUUUGUGGGUCGAGAACGAACCUUGCGAAGUCACCCUUAAACUGUCAAAUCCUCUACCCUUCGAGUUAAAAGUUUCCGACAUGCGUUUGCUAACGUCAGGUGUCGUUUUCGAAUCGCUCCCUGAGACUGUGGUUUUAUCAGCGUCGGGGGCUCCCCCAUCUGUUACAACCCUUCAUGGAACACCGCGCGAAAGCGAGGGCCAACUCCAACUCCAGGGUUACAGUACACACACUCUUGGAGUUAAAUCAAACUGUCGUUUACGACACAUGAACGGGUUUCCGCCCCACUACGAGGUCGAAAUCGUCCCAUCUCUCCCCUUACUAGAUGUCAAAACAUCAUUUCCUCAAAGCGCGUCGUUUUCCUCUUUUCACGACUAUGAAAAUGUCGUAACUUCGGCCAGUGUGAGUCUGCAUCACGGUGAAAGCGCUGAAUGUACAGUCACGAUCACUAAUAUUGGACACGUUGACGUGGAAAUGCUCGAAGUUUCGAUGCAGACGAUCCUUGAACCGACCCUCCAAGAACAGAUGUUUACUUGGUCGCAGGAAAAUCUCCUAAGUCAAUUGCCUCUAAAACCGAACUGUUCGGCAAGUUUGACUUUGUAUUUGUACGCUGCUGGAAGUUUUCUUGUUCCUGGGGGCACCGGAAAUGAAUUUAGCAGUGGUGUUUUCAGUAGUAGUAUUUCAGGUCCAGGAUCGUUACCCUCGAGACUAAAUUCACCAACAAGUAGUAGUUUUCAUAGAAAUAUUAAUUCGAGUUUUCGGUCGUCGAAUUCAGGGCAUUCGAGUAUGAGUGCUACUUUACAGAUUCCGCAGUUACCGAUAAAUCAGCAAGCGUCAUCAGUAGUAGAAGGACAGUUGCAAAUUCGGUAUAGUGGGGGACCAGGGUUGCAAGCAUCAUAUUGUCGAUGCUGCUCUGUUUUUUUAACGAUGGAGACUGUACCGUCGCUACAUGUUACUAACUGGGAUGUAUUACCGGCUGAAACUAAUUCUCAAUUUUAUUUGGUUUUGGACGUUGCCAACUUGACGUCGCAAGAAAUGGAAUUACAGUAUACUCCAUCUAAAACAAUGCUCAUAGAAGGCCAUGAAAGUUGCAGAGUGCCUGUGCCGGUAAAACGGUGCCCUUUAUCGAAACUCGAAACCGGGGAAAGCCUCGCAACUGGCGAAUUGGACCGCAUAUGUUCAGAACAUAUCGCGAAUCUUGUCGACUUAAGGUGGCAUUUGCUUGGCACAGAUACCAGAGGUAAGGCCUCUCUUAAGGGCAUUACCUUAACCAAUGAUAUGUUAGAUGAAGUAAGAAUGUCGCCUUUAUUAUGGGAAGUAAUGAUAAAUAAUGAAACUGUGAGGCCACAAGAAGAAGUCACCUGUGAUGCUGGUGAUUGUUUAGAAAUGAAAAUAUUCGUAACAAAUAGUUUGGAAAAAGUUUUGAAUCAGUUACAAUUGUCGGUUCAAUUUUAUCAAGAUUAUGAAAAUGGUACUUUAAAUUAUAGGAUGGAAACAAGAUUAGCGACAACUGGGACUACAAAGAAAAUGAUAAAGUCGUUAGAACCUCAAGAAAAAGCACAACAUGAGUGUAAUGUUAUUUUCUUUACUCCUGGACAGUAUAAAAUCGACAUUCAGUGCUCUGCACCGGAUAAUUCCACUGCAAUUCCGUGUUUACCGUCUAGUGGGCACACUUGGAGAUUUACACCACCUCUUAAUGUUACAGUCAGCUAAAUAAAGAUUAUUAUUAAUAUUA